AUGUCAGCCCUUCUUCCAAGGGAGGCGGUAGCGCUCCUCUACCGCCGCUACCUGAAGGCAGCCAACAGCAUCCCAAAUGUGACCAUCCGGAUGCUGCUCCUGCAGCAAAUCCGCUCGGGUUUUAGAAGGAACCGCGGCAUCACAAGCCCGUCGGCACAGCGUGAGCUCAUCAAUCAGGCCCACAAAGACCUGCAGGUUUUGGAGGACGAGCGGCUCUCGCGUACGUUAUACAUCAACCGUUUGGGCCUCGUCUCGUGUCUUGACUGGGAAGUACGCCGCACGGAGUACAAUUUCACCCCAGAAUCACAAAACUUCAUUGCUGCUUUUCUCAUGUUGGGCUUUAUGCUCAUAGCGGUGGUAGCGAUGAAUGCAAAACCCAUUGAGGUGCGUCACCCAGACAUAAGCGAAAUGGUGGGUGCGAUGGCUAUGCGUUUGGAGGCGAAUUCCCCAGAGGAGCUGCGGCAAAUACGUGAAAGGCAGAUUCGCACUGGGCUCGAACGACAGCAACACCGGUUGUCGCUGGAGCACCGUGUUCUCGCCACGUUCCACGAUGCUCCAGGCGUGAGGCUGGAACCGCCAUCCCUGCGUAAUCCCUAUGGCAUAGUUUCUAAUGAGGGUUGA